AUGUGCCAAUUCCUACCACUUUUUCUUUCCUCAUACCUAAAAAACCCACUUGAAACAGCCAGAAUCAAGAUGUUGAGAGCCCUUGCCAGACAAACCAUCCGCACACCCGUCUUCAGAAACACGGCCCGUUUGUCCGGCCCUGUUUUCGCCAGAUUCAACUCCGUCAACUUCAAGAUCUCCACCGAUUCUCCAGUAUACAAGUAUUUGGACCAGCCUCCACGUUUCGUGAAGUUCACCAGUGAGCACGAGUGGAUCGCCGUCCAUGACGAUGCCACUGCUUUCGUAGGAAUCACCAACUAUGCAGCAGAUGCUAUUGGAGACACCACCUAUGUGGAAUUGCCUGAGGUUGGAGCUUCGUACGAGGCUGGUGAGUCAAUUGGAGGUGUUGAAUCCGUCAAGAGUGCCAGUGAUAUCUACAGUCCUGUUGCUGGUGAGGUUGUUGCCAUCAAUGAUAUCUUGGAGAGUAAGCCACAAUUGAUCAAUGAGGAUCCUAUGGGACUGGGAUGGAUUGCUCAGAUUAAGUUGCAGGCUUCAAUCGAGGAGGUUGAGCUGCAGGAGGGCUUGUUGAACGAGGACGAGUAUGCUCUGAGUCUCGACCACUAG